AUGGCAAACGCCGCUGGAUUCCAGGACUCUGUUAAGAAGGUUUUGAAUGCCCGCAUCGCAUCUAAAAAAGUAGUCGUGCCUGACCCGUACGAGGAGGAGGUACACCUGCAGGAGGUGAAGAACGCCCGUCGUCGCAGUUUCCAGAAGUUGGUGAAGAAAGUCGUUCACACUCAGACCACCAUCAGAACCGUCGAUCACAGAGCUCACGCAAAACAUGUGCUGUACCCCAGUCGGUGCAGGGUGACCAUUACGAAGGUUCCAGUGGUUGGCGGAGACCCAAUCACUCCGGAUACAGCAAUUGAACUCCGUGAACGGGUCUUCGGGGCGGCGGACUUGCUAACUUUCUCGCUAAAUGAGUGGCUGGGUCAGUCCUUCUGCUUCCACGACGCUGGGACGGCUCUAGCCUACGGCCUCAAGGCUCCUAAGUCCAGCACCAAGGGCCUUGUCAUGUGCGUCCAGGCUUACGUUCUCAAACACCUUCUCUUCAACUCUCACAAACCAGGCGCGGUCGGGGACGUCAUCAGGCUCCUGCGGACGACCAAGAAGGCGCAGGUGGACGCCCUGGUUGGGGCCCUGAGCGACAUCCUGUGGAAGGCCGGAGAGAGGAAGCACGCCGUCCUCUGUCUGACCCGGGAUGAAGUGCACGUCAGUGACGACCCGUGCUAUAUGGAGGAUGGUUGCACUGAGAAGAUCGUCAUCUUCAACUAUGGAAAAUAUGAAGAACUGAAGUUUAACAUCAGGAAAUAUCUCUAUGAGAUGGUGAAUGAGGAUGGCAAUGGAAUACUUCUCUUCCUCUACAGCCUCGUCCUCUCCCGCACCUUCCACAGACUUAGCGAGGACAGAUGUGGGGAAGACCAGAGCCUCAUUCUGGGGAACGGAAUGAUCCAGCCAUGUCUGGCCACCUUAGUCAUCACGGGACGUGCUACGCUCUAUCUCCAUAACGGCAUCAUUUACGAGGGCACGGAAGAGACUAUGGCUAAGCCCAAGACAGGAAUUCUUAUCCGAGCCGAAAUCGGACUGCUGGUGUGGAGACGACCGGAGGGAAACAGCCAGGAAGUUGUGGGGUCACGCCUCAAGACCCCUUCCUUCCCAAUAUGGGUCACCCGUUGUAACGAUUCCUAUGGCAUCCUCUUCUACACUAGCAGGGACCUCCUUAGGGACUACCACGCCGAGAACAGAUUCGACCUCUACUACUACUCCAGCAGUACCAGUCAGAUAGCGGCGACCAUCCUCUCUAUCGACACGCGAGUUCGACCACGCAGGGACGACCAACAGAUUCCUCCCCUUGAAAAUCUUAUCCAUACUAAGUGGCAGGAUGCAGAUGUCAGUUGGAACGGGACUACGCCUUACGUUUAGAAACCAUUCCCUUACAAAGUUGACAUCAGCAGUUUGGGACCGCACCUAGCUUCCACUCUUGACCUACACUACAUGCAAUCUACGUUUACUUCUGGCUUGGGUCUGCCACACGGUCGCUUUCUACGACUCCUGUCGCAUCUACGCUACCACGCCUUCGAACUGCCUUAACUGCCGUGUCACACCUGCAAUUUCGUUCGCGUUGUUGCUGCGUUAUCUCCGUUCUCGUCUCCAGCAGUUCAGCAUCUAAGAUCAAACAGCUAAGACCAAGCAGCUAAGACCAAGCAGCUAAGAACAAACAGCUAAGAACAAGCAGC